CUGAUCAGCAAUCGGCUUUGGGACCCCGGCAGGUGCCACGUGGCACCAAGUGCGCGGCUGUGCCCCUUGGGCAGCCACUCCACUGCCCCGAGCUCACAGCACUCAUCCCAGUCAGCGUGUGCUCAGUGGGAGCAUUCCCAUGAAGCCAGAGCUGCUGUCCCACAGCCCGUAACAGGAGUCACCGCUUCAGAAAGCCAGGCACCAUGAGGCAACAGUGGACCAGGCGUGCGAGUCUCUUGGCCAGCAUGAAGAUAGGGAAUCACCAGGGCCGCUGCCGGACCCUGGAGGAAGAGGAAUCCCACAUCCCAUUUGCACAGGACAGCCUGGUAAGGCAAUGGAGCUCCAUGCAGAAUGUGGCAGACGGAAACCAAGAGAAGAGCCAGACUCCCAUCCAAAGGAACAAAUACCUGCUCAACAUUAACGUAGGUGGCAAAUCGUUCCAGAUAGCUUACAAGGUACUGGCCAAGUAUCCCAUCACCCGGCUUGGGAAGCUGGCCCUCUAUACAGACCCUGUGAAGAAGCUGCAGCUCUGUGAUGACUACUUGGUGCAGAAGAAUGAGUACUUCUUUGAUAGAGAUCCCUCAAUUUUCCACUACAUCUUCCACUUCUACCGCAGUGGGGUCCUGUGGAUGAUGGAUGAGAUGUGCCCCAGUAACUUUGUGGAGGAAAUCGAGUACUGGGGAAUCCAUCUGAAAUACUCCCAACGCUGCUGCCGGAUCCUGUUUGAGGAAAAGCAAGAUGAACUCAGUGAGUACCUGAAAACAGAGAAGGAGCUAGAGGCAGAACUGGAGCCCCUGGAGUCAGGGGCGCAGUUUGAUGGCAAAUUUCUGGGUCAGUUUCGGAAGAUGGUCUGGAACCUCAUUGAGAACCCGUUCUCUUCUGUGCCAGCCAAGAUCAUUGCUGUCAUGUCGAGCUUCUUUGUGCUUAUCUCCAUUGUGGGCAUGACACUGAGCACAGUGGAGGAGAUGAAAAACAAGACGGGGAAAUUUUGGAUGGAGCAUAUGGAGAUGAUCUGUGCCAUCUUCUUCACCUCCGAAUACCUCAUGCGGCUCAUCUCCUCCUCCAGCUUCAAGAAAUUUCUGCGGGCAGCGUUUAAUGCUGUAGACCUGGUGGCCAUCCUGCCCUUUUACAUCCAGAUCCUCUUUGAAAAUCUGGAGGAUGGAGACAUACAAUACCAUGAAGAGCUGCACAAGAUGGAGAAUGUGAGCAAGCUGGGCAAAGUCCUCAAGCUCAUCAAGCUCAUGAGGAUCUUCCGCAUCCUCAAGCUGGCGCGUCACUCCACCGGCCUCCGGGCCUUCAGCUUCACCAUGCGCCAGUGCUACCAGCAGGUUUGCUGCCUCCUCCUCUUCAUUGUCAUGGGGGUCUUCACCUUCUCUGCUCUCAUACACUCAGUGGAACAUGAUGUCCCCGGCACUGACUUCACCAGUAUCCCCUACGCGUGGUGGUGGGCAGCGGUCAGCCUCUCCACCGUGGGCUACGGAGACACCGUGCCUGACACAAUACUCGGCAGGAUAGUGGCAUUUUUCUGCAUCUCCUUCGGGAUCAUCCUCAAUGGAAUGCCCAUCUCCAUCCUCUACAACAAGUUUUCUGACUACUAUGCCAGGCUGAAGGCCCAUGAGAUAAGCCAGUCACAUCAGCUUUCCAGGAGGAUCCGCUUGAAGGAGCGAGUCCUGCGGAAGUUCUCAGAGUGCUGGAGAGCUGAGCCCCGCUAUUACCGCUGACCACAGGCUCCCCACCCCCCAGACAUUGCCUGUCCUGGCCAUCCUCCCAGCAGGUCCUGUCCCCCAGGGAGGCUCCGAGCUAUGGGCAGAGUCACAACAGUGCCGGGGCUCUGCUGUUGCACAGGGGCUGCUGCCAGCUGGGUAUUCCCUCACUGCUGCAUGCCAGACACUGCUGUCCCUCAGAGCUGUCAGUCAGAGGCGGCUUGGAGCUGUACGGCCAGGGCAGGGUGUUUGUCUGCCAUGGGCUGAGGCAAGGGGCACCCUGACAUCACGGGGAGUGAGUGGUGGGACUGAACUGUCACCUGUCUGAGGCAGGUAGCCCAGUGUGACACCUGUGCAGGUGCUGCUCUGUUCCCCAUGGAGUGGGACACACACAGGCUCCCCCUGCCCAGGGCCCUGUGACUCCUUCCCAGCCAAGCAGCCCAGGCCUAGUCCAGUGUGGGGAUUUGAGUGAAGGCCCAGAGGAAAGGCUACAGCCAUGCAUCAUUCCAGCCAAACCUGCUCUUCUUCCCACUGCCCUGGAGUCUGGGGCACAGUCCUGACUUGGGAUGCUGCUGUGAUGGGACCCACAGGCACUACAGGCAUACAGAGCUUGUAGCCAGAGCACCCCCAGGAACAGGCAUUUAAUAAACCAGGCCCAAACCCUUCCUUGUCAUGGA